UCAGUCCCGGGAUCAGCCCUGUGCCACGGUCCGCAUUAACGACCUGCGUGACGGGGCCCGGGCCGCCCUGGGCACAAACUAGGAGCAGUGGCUGAUAGUCCAGAGGGUCCUGCUGCCGCCCAGAGGGACUUGGACAAGCCCGAGAUACGGGCUGACAGGAAUCUCCUGGAGCGGAGGGUGAUGAGGUACUACGCAGAUUGCCCGAAGAAGCUGUGGCUGCCCCGUCCCUGGAAGUGUUCAAAGCCAGGGACUUGGAGCAACCUGCUCUAGUGGAAUGUGUCGCUGCAUGGCAGGAGGUUGGAACGAGGCGCUUAAAGAUCACGUCCAACCAAAAUUAUUCCAGGAUUUAACAAGGAGACGCGUGUCGCCCGGCCCCCGCAGAGGAACUACACCAGGAUGCGCCGGGUGCCACCAAAUAUCCCCGGUGAGCAGGAGCAGGACACGGCCGCACAGAAGGUUGGCGGUGACCCGGGAGCAGGGGCCGGCACGGCGGUACCCCGGUACGGGGACACCGGGAGCGCGGGCCGAGGCUCCGCCGCAUGCCCGGGGGCGGCGGGGCGGGGGCAGCCGCGGGGCUCAGCCCGGCCGCCCCGGAGCCUCCCGCGCCCCGCCCGCGGAGGGGCCGUGCCGGGGCCGUGCCGGGGCCGUGCCGGGGCCAUGGCGGGGCUGCCCGGUGCCGCGCGCUCCCGGAGCGCCUCCCCGGGCUCCCCCCCCGGCCUGGACGGCUCCUUCUUGCUCUCGCCGCUCGGGGGGCUGAUGGGCGCCCAGGCCGUGCUCGGUUUACUGGUGUGGUCUCUCAUCGCUGCCACAACGUACCACCUCCAUGCGGCAUACGGCUGGGUGAUGUUCGUGUCCCUCUUCUUCUGGAUACUAACACUCCUUUUCUUCGUGACUUACCUCCUGCAGCUUCAUCAGAAGUUCUACAUGAUCCCUUGGCCCCUCGUGCUGAUGAUCUACAACGCCGUGGCCACCGUGCUGUACAUCACCGCCUUCGUGACGUGCGCGGCCGCGGUGCAGCCCACGUCCUGGCGGCAGUGGGACUACAACCGCAGAGCCGCCGCCUCCUUCUUCGCCUGUGUCACCAUGAUCACUUACGCGGUGAGCACUUUCUUCAGCUUCCGCGCCUGGAAAGGGCUCGGCAGCAACGCGGCCACCAGCCAAGUGACUGAGCACGCCUAAGGAGCGGACGGCAAAGCCCGGGCACCCCGCGCCAGCUUGUGCCAGGCUUGGUGGCUUGGAGCCUCGUGUGCCACCGGGGCUCGUUUUGGACCAGCCUGUGCUGGCAGCAGUGGUCAGCACCGGGUCAUGUGGAUGCUGCCCUGUGGAUUCCGGUGAUGCUCCCAGCGUCAUUCCCCGGCAUCGCCACUGAGGGACACGGACUCGCCGGGGCCGCAGCUCCUGCUCCUCCCCGGGGGUCAUCCGGAUCCUUGCUGGAGCAGCUCCACUGAGGGGGCUCAGCCAAUUUGGCACAGUCCAACACUAAAAUUCACUAACCCAAGCCCAGGCUCCCCUCUCUGCUCAUUCACAGCUACAGUGUAAGUAAUGCAAUUAACAGGAUGCAGAAACAGUGGCAGAGCUGGAAGACGGGAAGGGAAGCAAAGGAAGCAGGCAUAACUGCUCUUGUAUUGAUUUCUAACAAUUUGAAUAUAAAUUUUAUGCUUUAAAUAAAAACAUUCCUAAAC